AAGCUCAGCCGUACGAUCCAUACAAUUUCAGUAAAGAACACGCUGCUACAACAUGAGGUCAAUCAACUCAGAGAGGCUCUAGUCAAUGAGCAGAAGUAUAGGCAGCGUGGCAAGGCCCUGCUACUUGAGGCACCACCUGAAUACAAUGGUGGAGCAGUCUUCUGGUCACCUCAAAAAGUGAGUGAUGCGUGGCUUCGUCAGGAGCAGAAGGACCGGGAUAAUCAGCUUGUACAAUACCAGAAAAGCAUGGCCAUAAGGCUUAGAGAAGAGAAGAAGGCUGCUAAAGCUCAGAUGUUUGAAGAACGUCAUCUCAACAGAGCUGUUGCAAAAGAGAAGCAUGAGCGUGAGGCAGCUGAAAAAGCUGCUGCUCGCGAGGAGAAGUGUAUAGCCCGGGAGCUCAAAACUCAACUCCAAAAUGACCUCAAGGUGUCCCAAAGAGGUAAGAGAAAGAGCCUCCAGCCUUCUCUAGCAGCAGCUCCUCCGACAGCUGCUCAGGAUCCUAUCGAGGUAGAGAAUGAUGCUGUUCCUACGUCUCGCUCUGGUCAUGCAAUACGCCGCCCCAAAUGCCUUGUCACAUAA